AUGGCUUUGGUUCGUGAUUGCAAGCACCUGUGUUCUUUCGCCGAGACACCAUCAUCUGGCCUAGUUGCGGUCAAUGGCCAAAAGGUGUCAGAUCCGUCCAUCCUGCUCGAAAGUGAACAUGGAAACCCACUGUUCAACAUUGAGCGGAUGUCGAUGUGGUCGGAAGGCGGCCCGUCACAUAUCGUGACAUCACAAUUCCAAGGCUUCGUGCAAACGCCCAAGGUCAAGAGCGCGACCCUCCAGCGGUUGUCGUUGGACAAACCAAGAGCGAACCCACGUUUGGUUCGUCACGGUUGCGCAGCAAGGCUUCGUCCUCUGAUGCUAAAUUCUCCCACAAACGUUCUCGCAACACCUCAGUCUACUGCUACAUCGUCUACUGAUAUCUCGGCCAGCAUCUCUCCCAAUGCGACGAACGGCGGGUUUCCCUGUUCACCCCCACCAAGGACAAUACUUUUGGGCCUCGCAUUGCGAUAUUCUCGCGCUUUUAACCAAUUCUUCACGGGUCUCUUUGCUAAAGUCCGGAGUGCGGCCCUCCAGCGGUUGUCGUUGGACGACCCAAGAGCGAACGCACCUUUGGUUCGUCACGGUUGCGCAGCAAGGCUUCGUCCUCUGAUGCUAAAUUCUCCCACAAACGUUCUCGCAACACCUCAGUCUACUGCUACAUCGUCUACUGAUAUCUCGGCCAGCAUCUCUCCCAAUGCGACGAACGGCGGGUUUCCCUGUUCACCCCCACCAAGGACAAUACUUCCGGGCCUCGCGUUGAACAAACAUUCAAUGUGCUCUGAACUAAUGGAGUCCAUAACGACUACUCGCGCUGUCAAUUCCCAAGCUCGCGACACGUCAAUCUGCUGCUAUCUCGGCUACCCCCAAUGUGGCGAGCAGCGGGCUUCCCUGCUCACCUUCAAGUUGGAGAAUUUCACGCAAGCAUCGACCCUUGAAUUGAUUAUCGAUUCCGCGUCUGCCUCCGUUCCUUGCCCUUACCUGUCUGAUGGUAAAGAGAAAGAACAAAACUCGAGCGGAAUUGGAACCCUGAGAGCUUACUUCUGGCCAAUGGCAUCGACUUCUGCCGCCUCGAUGUCCGAUUUCCAUCACUUAAUCAAUCAAGUGCGCCCUCCCGCCGCUCAAUUUCCAAUCAGUCAAUUGGGCCUCACAUAUAAGCUCCAGCCAGGCUGUCAGGGAUGGCCUGCACCAUCUGUUCGGAUGCCCACCGACUCUGCACCCGCUCUAGCCCUGAUGAAAUAUGCGACUGAAUACAAACGAAAGAAAUCGAUUGGGAUUGGUAACACUCCCGCCCCGCCUCGGCAUCGUGUCCCCAAGACCGGCAAGCGUUCUAAAGCACGCGUACGGUCCCACCAACAUAUUGCCACCAAGAACGUGACCUCCAAGCAAACCCUUCUUCCCCACCCCUCCCAGGAAGAUCUGGCUGGGUUUCUGCCAGUUUCCACCACCUCUGUUCCAUUGACGCCCCAUGCACCAACGCUCGUCUCCUGUUCUGAGCCUAUGGCUGCGCCACAACCUGUCGGCACUGCCUCUGUUUCACUACUCCAAGCACACGCAAUGGUGCCAUUGGUAGAGCCCUUCCCUUCCUCUCAGUCAGACACUUUCGACGGAAACAACUGGGCCGCUGGAUCAUUCAACUGGGGACAUGAAUUUGUCUAUGCACCUGCAACGGUGCCAUCGCCAGAGCCCUUCCCCUUCUCAAACAACUGGCCAUGA